CUUCCAAUCACCCACCAUGCCCCGCCUCUCGACGCGCAGCGGCACGAUCGCCGUCGACUGCCUCAACUGUGCGAGCUGUGACCCGGCACUGUCCGAAUGCGCUGCUGCCAUGCGCGCAGUCCCCGCGCCCAGUCCCAGAGAGGGAGGGAAGAAUAAACUCACCCUCAUCCUCGCCAUUGCCGUGCCCGUCGCUGUGGUUGUGCUGGUAGUCCUUGCGUUCAUGGUAAGUCUUCCCGACAUGGGCAUCACUUCGGUUCUUCGUCUGCGACGACAGGGCGCGCGACCUGUGCGACCUUCCUCCCUCCCCCCCCCACGGACUCCUUUCCGGCCGAGUUACGACAGGCUCCGACACUGUGACCUCGCCACGCACCUCUCUUUCCUUCACACGUUCCCCCCCAACUUAUCUUGAAGCUGGUGCAACGCUGCGUGCUGGUUCUGGCUCACACCAGAUUUAUCGUGUCCGCGUGCGCCAAAAGCGGGCUCCUCCUUCCCCCGCUGCUCCCUCCCCACUCAUACACGAGGUCAAGGGCAAAGGCAGCCUAAAGAGCGUCACAUCCAGCGCGACCGAUGGUCAGAGCAGCGGCACUCACAUCUCUACACUGCCACCGUACUCGCCCAGUGCAGUUAGAGGUAGCCCGGGCACGCCGCGCUGCCCGCCUCCACUCCCGCCGCGGCAUGAGGUCGACGAGGGCGUGUGCGUCGGGCCACCAGACGACGAGGAGUAUGAGGACGACGCAAGGUGAGUUCACGAUAUACGAUUUGGGACAGAAAGGGAGUCCAGGAUCG